UCGAGCAACUACAGAAGCAACAUACAUUUUGUGCAGAAGAUAAGCACCAUUUUUUUUAAGUGUUUGUAAAAAAGACCUGAAUAAAGAGACUCAUAAACGUGUGUACGUAUUUUAAUUUUUUUUUAGACCGACAGAAUUCACUUUGAGAAGGAAAUUGCUUGAGUGUGACAUUGCUUGCGUAACAGAAAUUGCGUGAACGACUAUCACGGAAGUCUAGAAACGUGCUGUUGUCGUUUCUUAUUAACGGGAUUAUAUUAUAUACGCAAAUUAUAUUAACGGAUCCAAAAUCAUAACCGAUCGGGAUAAUUGUAUUAUUAACUUUUCAGAAGUUAAUUAUGGCUACCGAGGGAGACCCAACUGACUUUGUGAAAGUGCUUCACCUUCUGGUGAUUUCCUUCACCUGGGGAAUGCAGGUGUGGGUGUCUUUCAUAGCAGGUUUUGUGCUGAUUUCCCAGGUAUCAAUGCACACAUUCGGUCUUGUGCAAAGCAAGUUAUUCCCAUUUUAUUUCUACUGUCUGCUGGGUGCUAAUGCAGUCAAUCUGGCCAUAUAUGCUGUGUACCACCCCAGAGAACUGCUGGACUGGCACGAGGGCAUACAGAUGAUUUUGUUCUUUGUGGCGGUGAUCAUGGCCGGUCUGAACGCGCAGUGGUUUGGUCCGUCUGCCACCGAGUGCAUGCUGGUCAUGCAGGAGAUCGAGAAGGAGCACGGUCUGGGGGAUCAGGUGGGUAUGAGCUCCAAUAAGGAAGGAUACGCCAAACUCCGUGAACAGGACCCAAAAUACAAGGAGCACAGGACCACCUUCUACCGCUACCAUGGUCUGUCAAACCUCUGCAACCUUACAGGCUUUUUCUCCACUACCAUCAAUCUCAUUUACCUGGGCCUCCAUUUGGGAACUAUAUGAGUGUGUUUAUGAGAGAGAGUCCAGUCAGACAGGUGUUUCUAGAGAACUAUCCUGUCUAUGUUCUCGUUUUCUGUCAGAAUUUUUUGUAUAACAAUAACGCUUCUAGUUUUUAUACAGCGAGAGUUUCUACUGUUCUUUAAGGUUAAAUGAACCAAGUUCAGAAGUGAGUUGAAUUAGUAUUCACACUGUCCCUAAAAGUGGACUCAGAUCUCAAUUUAGUCUGUUUUAUUUGUGACCAGGUUUCAGUCAAUUUCGGCCCAAUUUGUCUUGAUCACUUUCCUUUAAAAUCUUUCUUAGUAGGAAAUAAUUUGUGUGAAUCGCUCUCAGACAAUCUAUAAAAUGCAUAUUUUAGGGCUGGAGUUUUUUUUAUAAUGUAAACAUGCCCAGCCAUAUUAAAUUAUAUUAUUAUGGAUGUUAACAGUAUUUCUCUGUACUUUAAAAUGCUUCAGAGUGGGUAAUUGCAUUGAAUCUUUUGUUUAUAAUAAACAGACCACCUGCUUAAACAGGUAUUAGUGAUAAUAUAGCUGUUUGAUGUUUUAAACGAUGUGUUGUAAUUUGUUGGUGAAGUAUGUAGUAUAAUUCUCAUCUGCAUUAGCCUUAAUGCUUCACAAUGUGAACAACAAUCAUAUAUCUUCCCACUGUGGGCUGUUUGUGGAAAGGCUUAUGGAAAUAGUCAAUCAUAAUAUGCUGUUUACAUUUCUUAUAGAAUGAAUGACACUAAAAUGGCAAUUAAACUCUGUGGAAAAGCAAUGCAUAGUAACUGAACCUUUUCUCAUCUAUGUAAACAUGAUAUUUGAACAGCAGAAUAAACUUUCUUUUAUCACUAAA